AUGUUCGGCAGUGAAUCGGCAAAUGCAGCAGUUUGUCAAAACGUUUACAAAAAAAAGAAAACAGUAGACGAACCUGCUAAAAACUCGACAGCUUUGGGUACAAUAGUAAAAGUGAACAGCAUCGUACCGAAGGAAAUGGAAAGCGUGGUGGAUGUAAAAUUUCCCGUUAACUCCCUAGUACCGAAGAAUGAAACCGGAGCGCUCAACUUCAUUCGCAUGUAUCCAGAGUACGAUGGCCGGGAUGUGACGAUUGCUAUUCUUGACUCUGGCGUUGAUCCCCGGGCGAAAGGACUGGAGAAAACCCCGAAUGGAGAAGUUAAAGUUAUUGAGCGGUAUGAUUGCUCAGGUUGUGGAGAUGUCGAUACGAGCAAAACGGUUACGGCUGGGGAAGAUGGCACUAUUACCGGUCUUUCGGGCCGCAAGUUGCUAUUGUCUAGCACGAUGAAGUCUAAAAAUGCUGCUGCGUCCGAGUACCGGGUGGGAUUGAAAAGUGUGCAUGAUCUGUCUCCGUCACGGAUUCGAGAGCGGAUCUUAAACGAUUUGAAGGUGAAGGAAUGGGAUAACCUGCACAAAAAGGCCUUGAGUGAGGCGGCACGUGAGCUGAGUGACUUCGACGCCAAAAACCCGUCUACGAACCUCACUGGCAAGGAUAAACUGGCCAAGGAAGAUCUCGAGCAUACGUUGGAAUUUUUAAAUUCAUGUGACAAAAAAUUUGCCGAUUUAAAAACCUCCUACGAUUGCGUGCUCUUUCCGACGAAGGAAGGAUGGAUGGCGGUUAUUGACACGACUGAAAAGGGUGAUCUAGAAAAUGCCGUGCACGUUCUGGAAUAUAGUCGUUCGUAUCAAGUGGUGAACUUGGAUGACUAUCUCUCCGUAUCGAUAAACGUGCAUGACGAGGGUAACGUGCUGGAAAUUGUCGGGCUUUGCUCAAGCCAUGGAACACAUGUUGCCUCGAUCGCCAGUGGUUACCAUCCCGAUGAUCCCGAACUAAACGGCGUGGCUCCGGCAGCCAAGAUCGUGUCGCUAACCAUUGGCGACGGUCGAUUGGAAUCAAUGGAGAGUGGAACGGCACUGAUACGAGCAAUCAUUAAGGUGAUGGAGCUGUGUGAGGCCGGUCGGAAGAUCGAUGUAAUUAACAUGAGCUACGGAGAACAUGGCCAUUGGUCGAAUUCGGGGCGCGUUGGGGAGCUUAUGAGCGAACUGGUCAAUAGGUAUGGCGUAGUGUGGGUAGCGUCGGCCGGUAAUCACGGUCCGGCAUUAUGCACCAUUGGCACACCUCCGGAUAUUAGCCAACCGAGCUGCGUGGGUGUCGGAGCAUACGUGUCUCCCGAAAUGAUGGAAGCUGAAUAUGCACUACAUCAGAAAUUACCCGCAAAUGUGUAUACGUGGACGUCUCGCGAUCCCUGCAUCGAUGGCGGGUUUGGGGUGACUGUGUGUGCUCCUGGUGCUGCGAUUGCAUCCGUGCCGCAGUUCACGAUGUCUAAGGCUCAGUUGAUGAACGGUACAAGUAUGUCAGCUCCGCACGUUGCCGGAUCAGUGGGCCUAAUAAUAUCGGGAUUGAAGCAAAAGUCCGUUAGUUACACUGCGUUCAGCAUCAAGCGAGCAUUGUGGAAUACAGCAACAAAAAUCGAUUACGUAGACAAGUUCGCUCAGGGCAACGGGUUGCUAAACGUGGGUAAGGCUUUCGAGCAUCUAACCACGUACAGUGGAUUGUUGGAAAAUAAGCUGCGCUUCGCUGUUACUGUCGGAAACAGCAAUGCAAAAGGCAUACACAUGCGGCACGGAGUGCUUACCAAGGUGGAGGAUUUUUCCGUCAAUAUUGAACCGGUAUUUUUCAACGAGAAAUUUGCCGAUGCUGCGGAUAAGAUUAAUUUCAACGUACGGCUAACAUUAAUACCAACCGAAUCGUGGAUCCAGUGCGGCAGCUAUCUAGAUCUCUGCUACUCCGCGCGCAAAAUAUCGGUAAAAGUCGACCCGACAGGAUUAGCACCAGGCGUUUACCGGGCGAGCGUGAAAGCUUACGAUUCCUCCUGUCCUGAAAAGGGCGUUCUGUUUGAGAUUCCAAUCACGGUGGUGCAACCGCAUGUUAUCGAUCCCAAAUCGAACGAAUUUGUUCGCCACGAUUUACCCGUCGACUGCAAACCGCACACCAUCAUUCGCGAUUUCAUCCAGGUGCCGAAAUAUGCGACUUGGGCCGUUAUUGAAAUGCGUUCGGCAAACCCGAAUGAUACCGUUGGUGGCAAAUUUUUCCUGCACACGGUACAGAUAUUGCCUAUGAAAUAUUGCAAAGCGAUGGAGAUGCAAAAGAUAUUACCCGUUAACGGAACGGCAUCUACUAUCCAGCCGGUUCAAGUGGAGGGCGAUCAUAUAAUCGAGAUUUGUAUUGCCAAAUUUUGGUCCAACUUUGGAACCUUGCCGCUGCGAUACUCGGUUAAAUUUCAUGGCAUUAGUCCACUGAAUGGGUCCGUAAUGCACAGUGCCAGUGGUAUUCACCGGAUCGAUCUUACCGCUUUAACUAGUGAAGAGGUUCUCCCUGUAGUGUCAUUGAAGAACGCGGCAAUGGUUUUGCGGCCAUCGGAAACUAAAGUCACUCCACUAACGACGCGGGACGUCAUACAUCCGGCUCGCCAAAUUUAUCAGAUUUUGUUGACUUAUCAUUUGCACAUGUCGAAAGGAUAUGAUGUGGCUUUGUACACUCCGCUGUUUAGCAAUAUCCUAUACGAAAGUGAAUUUGAAUCACAGUUCUGGAUGGUGUUUGAUGCCAAUAAGAUGAUGGUGCGUUGUGGUGAUGCUUAUUCGUACGACAAGUAUUUAAAGCUAGAAAAGGGUGAUUAUACCAUCCGUCUCCAAGUGCGACAUGAAAAGAAGGAGCUUCUCGAGAAACUGACCGAAGCGAAUAUGGUCGUUAAUUUCAAAUUAGCUAGCAAUAGUCUGUCGGUAGAUGUGUUCAAAUCGUACAACCAAGUCUUGUCCGGAGCGAAAAAAAUGACCAAUUGCUUCAUGGUGGGCGGUACGUGUCGACCGAUUUAUCUUGCACCGAUUAGCGCCGAGAGGCUGCAGAAAGCAUCCAUACCCUCGCAGUGCUCGUGGCUCGAGGGUAGCAUUACCUAUGCCAAAGAGGAUAUCAUAAAAAAAUGCGUCGCGCAUAAUUUCCAAUACGUAUUGACUGAAGGACCUUCCGUGAAGAAGGCAUCUGGAGGCAGUAACAAUACUGGCAGUGCCGUCACCAACACUGCUGCUAUCGUUACGAAUGGCAACCAUGUAGCAAACGGUUCAGGAAACGUUGUGACCGUUUCGAACGGGGUUGGAAAUGGUUUAGCGAAUGGUACAGCUUCAAAGGAAAGCAGAAGCAAGUGGGAUGAAUAUUGUGAAGGGUUGCGUGAUUUUCAGACGUCCCAGAUUGCCAAACUGGACACGGAAAAUGCAGAUAAUCUGUAUCGUGCGGUGCUCAAGGAUAAUCCCAAUCAUCUAGCUGUUCAUCUGGCAAUGGCUGACCACUUCGAUAGUACUGAAUUGAAACAUAAUCUUCCUUACGCAUUUUCGGCAUCAUUCGAUCCGACCGAUCCAACUUCUGCUACAUUGUUGAAGGUUAAGCUACUGCGUAUUGCUGAACUUGCUAAUUCAGUACUGAAGGACGUGGAUCAAAAUGCUCUUCUUGCGUACUAUGGAAUGAAGGUUGAUAACCGGUCGAAUGCGUCGAAGAUCAAAAUUCAAAUGGAUAAACAAAAACAGCUGCUAUUGGAUGCAUGCCAACGAAAGUAUAUGGUUUUGUGCAAGCUUAUGAUAGUACACAAUAUCUAUGAUGCUCAGGACGUGAGCCAACCGGACUACUCAGAAGAGCUGGAGCAGCUGUAUACUGAUGUUGGCAAAUUUAUAGAUUACAGUGACUCAAAGGUGUUGCUUCUAUCGAUAUGGCAUGCAUUUCAUAUGAAGCAGUACGGGCGCAUGGUGAAGUAUUUGUCCAAACUGUACGAGGAUAAGCUGAGCCGUGAAAUACUGGAAGAAAUGCUUGCCGUUGUCAAUGAGAAGAAGUGGAAGCACGUUCACCAGCAGUUGUCCAAACUUAUCGUAUCGUCUAACCCUCAGGGAUAUCGACUUUUUUAAGCUAAUUGUUUUCUAUAUACACAUAAAUUGGCAUUUGAGCGUCAGCAAGCGCGGCAUGAUGGUGCACAAAAACAUCAAAACAAGACUAAUGGAUAAGCAUGCAUUAUCCUCAAAGCGUUCAAUCUUGUCCGUUGUAGUUGCACGCGUUUUCGAACAGUUAGAUACGUAUCUAUUGUAGGAUAAUUAUUAAAUGGAAAAGCGGUACAUUUUUUAAAUGUUACUUUAUUGAGAG